AUGGCGCCAGUGUCUGUACGGGCAAUGACAGACCAGUCUGGUCUUGAGAAUCUGGUUCAGCGGUCAGGCGGCAGACUCGCCGCUCCGGAUUGGCCAUCGACAUGUCCCCUUUGUCGACCGACAUGCGGGACGCUGCAGCUACAGCAGCUGCACCAAAGACCAGCACCGCCAGCCGGCGCCCUCACACGAUUUCCAAAGGGCCAUGAUUCGGCUGGGCGUACCCGGCACCUGCGGGAGGUCAGUCCAGGUGUCCGACAGCAGCCAAUCCCCCGACGAGGUGAGGCUUUCCUGCAAACAGCGGGAGACUGGGGUGGUGGGAGUGGGGGGGAGGAGCAUGCCUGGCUAGAAGGCUUGCAUGCACGGCAAGGAGCGAGCCAUGGCAUCUGGCGGUUUCUUUCGAUGCGACGGUCAUCUGGACGCAGAAGACGGGCCCGCUCAUCUGGCAUUUCUGGUCUUUUAGGUGCUGAGGCGGCAUGUGCGCGCAUUGACGAGCCCCGCGGGGACUCCAUUGCGAUUGUCAUUGGCGUCAUUGCCUGGCAUGUCGCAGCUCAACAUGCUGUUCGAGGCAUGACAGCUGCGGGAACCAUGCACGCGCUGGUUCAGAAAAUCUACGCAAUGGGCAGAGUGAUGUGA